AUGUCUGCAUUUAUUUUCCCCAACCAGCACAAGCCAAUCAGCAAGCACUGCCUUAAGCGAACCCUCCAGACGUUAGGCUCAGUUCCAGACUGGGAGAGUGUAAAGCCUGUUGAAGGCAGCGACGGAGAACAUGAAGAGUCCUCUGCUCACUCUCCAAAGAAGAAGAAGAGAAGGACCAAAAAACGGAAGAAAGUCUCAGGUACGGGAGCCGAAGACGAGCAGAAUGUGGAGGAAAGAGAAGCGGAGGUGCUGAAAACGCCUGUAAAAAAGAGACGAGUGAAACCGAAACAGAAACAACAGGACAAGGAAGGAAACGAAGAAGCAAAGAAGUCAGAGGAGGGCAGUAGCGCAGCAGAAGAUCCAUCGGUGAAAACGUUGACUCGACAGCAGUGGAAGAACAAAAUAAAGAGCAAAAGACGGUGUAAGAAUAAAUUCCUCAACGAUGCAGACAAGGUCACAGAGGAAAGUGUAAAGCAGAAGUCAGGGCCGGUUCUUGGCCUGUCAGAACUACAGAAAGUGCAGAAUGAUCAGCCCCAUGAGAGAAUUGCCUCAAGAGAGGUGGGUGAUAUUGUUAAACCUUUUAAUAAACACAAAUCUAAAAAGUUCAAAGCUGUAACUAAUGGCAGUAACCAGACAAAACAAACAGAACCCAAAACAAACCCACACAAUCAGUGUGAAAAACAAAAACCAGUCAAAACAGGUCCAAAUCCAAACCUUCAGCUCAAGGCAAAUAAAUUACGGCGUAUUUUAAACACCCAUGCCACCAGCACCAAGAAUAAUUCAACACAGGAAGAUGAAGUGCAGGAUUUAAUACAGCCGAAUACCGAUGAGGAGGAGGUAGAGGAAGAGAAAGGUGUCACUGAUCGCUCCAGCGCUUUAAGGUCACGAAUGGAAAAACGGUUAGAGUCGGCUCGAUUCCGCUACAUCAACGAACUGCUUUACACUUCGACGAGCGGAGAAGCCAAGCGCAUGUUCAAGCAGGACCCUGAUGCCAUCGGGAUCUACCACAAAGGCUACACGGCACAAGUCAAAUACUGGCCUGCAAACCCGGUCGACUCUAUUAUUGCCUUUAUUCAGAAAAAACCAUCAUCCUUGGUCGUAGCCGACUUCGGUUGUGGAGACUGUAAGAUUGCACGAAGUGUGAAGAACAAAGUGCACUGCUUCGAUCUGGCUCCUGUCUGUGACCUGGUCACUGUCUGUGAUAUGGCUAAUGUGUUGCUUCCGGAUUCCUCCGUGGACAUUGCAGUGUUCUGUCUGUCUCUUAUGGGCACCAAUCUUACUGACUUUUUGGCUGAGGCAAACAGAGUCCUGGUGAUGGGGUAA